AUGCGGGAGAAGGAGCUGAUCGUGGCCCUGCAGGAGGUGCUGGAGAAGCUGAAGAGCAAGCGCCUGCCCUCGGUGGAGAAGAAGCUGGGCUGGGUGCCCUCGUGCGACGCCGGCGAGCAGUGCGCCGUCAGGAAAGGCGCCCGCAUCGGGAAGCUCUGCAACUGCCCCCGCGGCACGGCCUGCAACUUCUACAUCCUCAAGUGCCUGUGAAGGCCCGGGCCGGGGGAAGAGAGCCAUGCGGGGGCUCCCAGUCCUGUCCUGUCCUGUCCUGCUCUUCUGGGGGCUCCCAGGAGGGGUCUUUGGUUUGUUGUGUGCUCUGGGAAACAUCUCCCCGUCCCCCCUUCCAGCACCCUGGGAGCUCCGGCUGGAAGGAGCACCCUCCACAAAGCCCAUCCCAGCCCGUCCUUGCUGCCCUGGGGGGGCAAGAAGCAGCCGGUUCCCAAAGGCACCGGGCUGCUGGCGUCGUGGGGCCUCAGUACCACCCUCAGCCUGGCUCCUUGGCCCGUCUCCCUUCCCCGGGGCCAGAGAUGCGGCAGAGGCAAUCCCCCACCCUCCCGUCAGCCUGGCCCCCAGGCUGCUCUGACUCGAGCUAAUUAGCGGCAGUCCCCAAGGUGCCAUCCAGGGAUGUCAGGAAGCCCCUGGUGCAGGUGGGGGUGGGAAUCUCCCCAUCUCACUGCCCCCCGCGUUUCCAGCCUGCACCACGGGGGAGCUCCGCCAUGCCCGUUCAGACCGUGUGCCCCCUUGGACGGGGGCUCUGGCCACACGCGUGGCGCCCAGCGCGGCAGAGCUGUGGUCCUGCCAGAGCCUCCUGCCUCCUGUACCGCAGCACAAUCGUUUCCAAAUAAAGCCUGU